CACAUAAGAAAUGUAAACAAUUUGCGUCAGUUUAUCCUGGUACAAUUUGCGUCAGUUUAUUCAGGAACUUGAUGCAGUGAGCACGCUAAACAAUAAAUAUGAACAGAUUAAUAUUGGUUUCGCUAGUUUUCCUUUUGGAGGUUUGUCUAGGAGAUAAUUCUCAACAUCAUCAUCAUCAUAAAAAUCAUCAUCAACAUGAUAAUAGUCCUAUCCAAGCUCCGAAACCUCAUUCUCGCAGUCAAUCAAUAUCCAAACAGCAUAAACCUUCCCUUGUUCGUCCUUCUCGCUUCCAGUCCUUAUUUUAUCGUCUUCCGUCCUCCCAUCUCCUCCGUGGGAAACCUGCUCUAAGACGUUCUCAGCCCACCAGGUUGAACCGUAACAACACCCUGCAGAAGAGUAAGGUCCCAAAGAAGCCUACUCAUCUACCGAAGAUUGCAUAUUUAAAAGCAGAACAGAUUCCUGGCUUCCAGAAGUUUCAACUUCAUGAAGUUAUUAGAGAGAGGGAAGGAACCCAGAUCUUCAAGGCUGGAGAAAAACCUGAUGUAAUCCACUACGUUUCCAGCCCUGACACUGCCCAGAGUAAUCUCGUUGAAAAGCUCGAUGUUAGAACUCCUUCAGAUGUUUCAAUCCCUGCUCUCCAGUUGUAGAAACAGAAUAGUAGAACUCAAGUGUGAAAACAAGAAGGUUAAAGAAGUACAUUCUAUGAAUGAAAAAAAUAAAAAAUAAAUCAUUUAAUUUUUGUAAAAACCUAUAUAUACCCUUCUUUUAUGAAAAAAGUUAUCAUCUGAUUGAAUUAAACCAUUUUGAAAUAUUGUAAGUAAAAGUCAUAUUUUAAUAUCGUAAUGGAACAGGAGCAUAAAGGGAAUGUAGACGUUAUUCAAAGUGACCCUCCAUUUAAAAUGUGGAAUAUACAGUAAUGGCCAGAAAAUUCCGAAAUAAUAAGACGACUUUCAGCCAUACUAGAGUGUAUUUGGUGUUGUUACAAAACAAAUAGUUUAACUAGACACUUAUUAAAUCACUGAUAAAGUAAAAUGGGUCUGUUUAUACUUACCAAUUUCUGUGUCCCAUGUUUAUUGGAAUAUUCAAAGAGAUAAUUUGGGUCUGAAAGUCGUCUUCUUAUUUCAGAGUUUUCUGGUUAUCACUGUUACUCCGAUUUAUAACGGUACUGUUGAAAGCUUGAUAUGAUCAAGAAUAAAUGAGAUAUUCAUAUUUGCAUGGAUCUUCAAUCCUGGUUUCUCUAUUAUGAUGAUUUACCCAAGAAAUAGAACACUCUUUAACCUUGAAAAAUAUUUUUCUACAUUAUUUUUCAGAUAUAGGGUCACAUAAGAUUAUAACGCUAUGCAGUUCCUUUAACAGGAUAAAAAAUAAAUGAAAAAUCAGCAAUUUUUUUAAUUUAAGAUACAUCGUUAUUCGUUAUUUUAGCAAACAUUGCCUCUUUUUCAAAAAUGAAACUUCAUUAAUUAAUUGGUAAACUUCAUUAAUUAUCACAUAAUUUGUUACAAAAUAAUUAUCUCAUUCAUGAAAAAAAUUGUUGAAUUUUUAAAACCUGAUGGUGCAAACUUUUUCAAACUUUUAGCAGAAUUUAUAGUUUAAAAUAUCAAAUUAUGAUUUUUUAUCAUCUCCACGUUGAAAGUUUUUUUUUAUCUCGACACAUGUACACAUAACUCGACCGUUUUCUUACUUAUCAUAAUUAUA